AUGAUAACUGAAGAAUUAUUUUGUGCGUUUGUGCACCAGGCUCUGAGUGACCCCGCGGCAGCCCGUGCGGACAGUCACAUGAAUGUAAACGGCGGUAGUCACAACGACAACACGCAGCAAAUGCAACAACACCGCCAACAGCAACUGCCGCAGCGGUGCUACAACCCCUCUACUGUGAGCCGUGCCGCCCUCACGGCAUCCUCGUGCUCCCCGUUAGACCACCCAGACUUGCUUAUGGCAUAUUACAACGCGAGUCGCAACGCCCUGCUGCGGUAUCACUGCGACAUGCCGUUUCUUCAGCCACGCACAACGUACACAAUGCACCAGCGUGUCUCCCCCGCAUUUGUGGGGCAUUCACGUAUGCGACAGCCACGGCAUUAUGCACGGAGUCACGCGCCUCCAGCCAGUCGCCGGAACUCCUCCUCGUAUGCGUACAGACAUCACGAAGAUGAGGCACCAUCAACAUCUGCGGAUGCGACGUAUCGCACGGAGCGCUACACCGACCUCCUUGGGCCGACGGCUAUGACGAACACUGUGGCAGAGCAGCCACGCGGCAGCUGGAGAGCGUUCGCGGAAGACGAUGAUGAUAUCAUAUUGGAAGAAGGGCGUCCCUCGUGGUCGCCUCGACAACUGCGCUACAGGCAAACCCCUGGAAGUAGUGCCGGUGGACCACGCGAAGGCUCCGGGGUUUCGUUUGACGCUUUGAAUUACGGUGGAUUUGGCGAGGAUGACGACGACGUGGAAGAGGAGGAAGAAGUGCGUGGGCGACCGACGGUGCGACUGGACUCACGGCGAAUAGAAAGGCACGAGGAGGUGGUUUUGCCCAGAGGCUCACACUCGUUGAAUGCGCGUGCCAGAGUGCACUUUCAUGAGCAGCACUCCUAUCACACAGAGCCUUUUACCAGACCUUCUGAAGGGGCAUCCACGUGGGGACAUGGGCGUGGCGGAAGCACCACUACCAGCAAUGAAGAGGGAGAAGAAGAGAAUGAGGCGUGUGAGUGGCAGGACCCGGAUGCGGAUGAUGAGCACUCGGAUCCUCACUCCCCGCUGCUUGGAACAUUGCGGAGGAAGAGAGACAUGUGA